GUGAUGGUAUUGCUCGUGCUUUUGGUCUUGAUGAAAUAAUGGCGGGUGAAUUGGUGGAAUUUGAAGAAGGUGCUAUAGGUAUUGCUUUGAAUUUGGAAUCAAAAAAUGUUGGUUUUGUAUUAAUGGGUGAUGGUUUGAUGAUACAAGAGGGAAUUUCAGUAAAAGCAACAAGAAGAAUUGCUCAUAUACUAGUAAGUGAGGCUUAUUUGGGUUGUGUUAUAAAUGCCCUAACUAAACCAAUUGACAGUCGAGGAGAAAUUUUAGCUUCGGAAUCUCGAUUAAUCAAAUCUCCCACUCCUGGUAUUAUUUUGAGACGUUCAGUAUAUGAGCCUUUCCAAACCGGACUUAUUGCUAUUGAUUCGAUGAUCCCCAUAGGACGGGACCAGCGAGAAUUAAUUAUUCGAGACAAAUAU